UCCACGAUGACUACUCCAAGCGAUGCCCCGCCUAUCCUAGACGCGCCGUCGAGCCAAACUCGCCCUCCCCUUCCACUUUCUGCCUCUUUUCCUGUCCUCCCCACGACUAGUUCAAUCUCCCCCUCUCGCCCACUAAAGCGACGACUCGCGUCGACCUCGGCUCUCAAUUUUUUUGUCCCCGCAGCCGACACCUUCAAGCCACUUCCGUACGCGCCAAAUGCUGGUGCAUCGCGCACUUCUCUCGCUGAGCGUGUACGGCCUGCCACUCAGCAUCCAGCGUCGACUGUCAGCAUGGACCCAUCACCCGCAGACCCUGACGCCAUAUUUCUCCGUUAUCCAUUCGCUUCGUUCCCCGACCAAGAAUUAUAUCCAGAUGGAAUCACCUACACAACUCUCGUCGAAAAGCCAAAUUGGUUUCUUGUGGCAGAGGACUACAUCUCAGAGAAGGGCACGAACCCUGACGCGGUCGCCUACCCGCUCUAUCUCGAACCUCCUCGCGGCUGGUGUCCCGCCAAGAAGAAAGAUCUCAAAGAAAAAGGACCUGAAGUUUGGCCGGACGGUGAACAGCCUCGUCUUCGUUGCACCUUCUGUCGCCGGACGUACGCGGGCGUAAAUGCGAAGAGUAUGUGGCGCCGACAUGUUUUCGAGAAGCAUAAAAUCGCAAUGUCUAAUCGCCGCAAUGACCUUGAGCGACCACGUGGUCGAAGCUCCUCUAACAAGGAAAACAAACGCGCCAACAUCACUAAAGCUCUAAAGAAAGAGGAGAGCCACGAAACCAUUGUGAACCUCGACGACGACGACGUAGAAACGCUCGAUGCGCCGGUUGAUCCACUAGCAGCUUCGCCUGACGUCGAUUUCCCAGCUAGUCCCGCUCCCGAGCGCGUCAUUCCUCCAGCAUCACCCUACGACCCCCUGCUUACCCCAUCAUUCCGCCAUUCACCUCCCCGUCUUCCUUCGGAUCAUCCUUGGCGAUAUAACAGUCCCAGCCAUCCAUUGCAUCGCUCACGAAACGUGUCUUUGACGAUGUUGCGCGGAGACAGUCCUAUUAUCCAAACACCUCUUCUCAAGAAAAGCAUGGAUGGAUUAUCGAGCCCCUGCGGCAGCAGCACUCUUGCUUUUCGGACGCCUGAAAGUGUACUGAAGAUACUGCCUUUUCCACGAUCGCUCUUUGCUCGCAGUAAACUAGGGAGCACGCCCCCUUCUUCGGUAACGCGCCACACAAGAGCCUCGUCUGAUGUGUCUGAAGCUUGGGAUGCGGAAGGGUCGCUUAGCUUAGACCCCUUUAUCACUACUUGGGAUGAUGACGACAACAAGAGUCCUCCGACAUCGAGUCCUGCCCGCGCACCGAAGAGUCCAACUCCUGUCGUCAAAGGUGCUGGAGUGAACCUUUUGGCGCCAUUUACCCUUCCUGACACGCCAGGAAACAUGCUGGAGAUUGACGAUCUAUUGCAACUCGAAGUAGACGACGAAGAGGAAGUCUUCGUGUCGCUGACAUGUAGCCAGACCAGCAAUGGGGAAGACCCACCGUCGAAGCGACGGCGCACUGGCGAUAUUGGGAUUUGA